AGGGAAGGGGGUUUUAGGCCUCGCGGGCAGGCCGGGGCUGCGGGCUGCUUGGCGGUUGCGUGGGGCGGUGUCCGGAGAGCUGCGGAGCUCGGUCACUAGGGGUUCACGCCACACUCCGAGAGGUUCCUGAGCGAGGCGUCUGGCAAAGAGAUAGGGCCGGGAGACCCACGGGCCGGGACCAUGGGUUGCUGCUUCUCCAAGAGGCGGAAUUCUGAGAAAGAGUCGCAGCCCGAAGGCGAGGAGGAGCGACCGAAGCAGUACAGUUGGGACCAGCGCGAGAAGGUUGAUCCAAAAGACUACAUGUUCAGUGGACUGAAAAGUGAAACAGUGGGUCGUUUACCUGGGACGGUGGCAGGACAACAGUUUCUCAUUCAAGACUGUGAAAACUGUAACAUCUAUAUUUUUGAUCACUCUGCUACUAUUACUAUUGAUGACUGUACUAACUGCAUCAUUUUUCUGGGACCCGUUAAGGGCAGUGUGUUUUUCCGGAAUUGCAGAGAUUGCAAGUGUGCACUUGCCUGCCAACAGUUUCGUGUGCGGGAUUGUAGAAAGCUGGAAGUCUUUUUGUGCUGUGCCACUCAGCCCAUUAUUGAGUCCUCCACAAAUAUCAAGUUUGGCUGUUUCCAGUGGUACUACCCUGAAUUAGCUUUCCAGUUCAAAGAUGCAGGGCUGAGUAUCUUCAAUAAUACCUGGAGUAAUAUCCAUGACUUUACACCUGUGUCAGGAGAACUCAACUGGAGCCUUCUUCCAGAAAAUGCUGUUGUUCACCACCAUGUUCCUCUACCUACUACCAAAGAGCUCCAAGCUGUCCGAAUUUCCACAGAAGCCAAUAGAAGUAUCGUUCCUGUAACCCAGGGUCAGAGACAGAAGAGCAGUGAUGAAUCAUGUUUAGUGGUAUUAUUUGCUGGUGAUUAUACUAUUGCAAAUGCCAUGAAACUAAUUGAUGAGAUGAUUCGUGCAGGCUUUUUCCUGAUUCAGACAAAGGAAGUGUCCAUGAAAGCUGAGGAUGCUCAAAGGGUUUUUCGGGAAAAAGCACCUGAAUUCCUUCAUCUUCUGAACGAAGGUCCUGUUAUUGCCUUGGAAUUUAAUGGAGAUGGUGUUGUAGAAGAAUGUCAAAUUGUUGUUAACAAGAUAUUCGGGGAGACCAAGACAUUUGUAUCAGAAAACAGGGAGACAGCAUCUAGAGAUGUAGAAAGCUUCUACAACUUUGCUGAUAUACAGAUGGGAAUCUGAAGUGCAUCGUGGAACCAGGGACUUGGUAUUAAGCCCUUUUCAAUUUGUGUAUUAGCAAUGGCUUUUACUAAGGCUAAAAUUGUUAAAGCUGAUUCUUCAGUAUAUUGUUGAAUACUGCAUCAUUUACUUAAGGUUCAAAAAUAGUUCAUUUUAAAUUAAAUGUUUAAUCAUCUUAAAAUUAUUUAACCCACUUUGAUAAACUUGUAGUUUUGAUUCUAUGCAUAUGAUACUGUUUAUUAUUAGAAACCAGAAGUGGCUAACGGUUCAUGAUUUUAAUCCUAAUUAAACAUCCUUUCAAAUCUCUAAUAAUUUAAACUUUCCUCAGUGUUCGAUGAUACUUGUUUAAGAAUACAUACCAUUGCUUAUUCUCUAAUUUAGAAAAUUUAGAAAUUCCUCUAAAUUUCCAAUCUAGAGGGACUUGUUACUAGUUGAUCAAUUAGAAUGAACUUAUGUGCAUUUUUUUCAUGUACACAUAUCCAGUUAAAGAAUUGCUUCCUAUUAGCAUAAUGUGGAAAAUGACAUUUUGUACACAGACUUGACAGUACUUUAUAAGUUGAAUUUUUAAAUUAGUAGGUAUUUGAUAACUGAUUUUGCAAGUAACUCUACUGACUGAGGUUGGUAUAGCUGUUUAAAGACUGAUUUUUGAGUAGUAUGAUUAUUUGAGUAAUUUCCCCCUUGUUUAUUUUUUUUAAUACAAUUGCUAGAUGACUCUUGUGCUUCCUGGUAAGAAAAGGCAUAUGCAGCACUAAAACUAUAAAAACCCAUUACCAGCAGUUUCCAAGAAGGUGAUUAUUUAAGUUUUAUCAGCUCUUUUGGGAUAUUAGGAGAAUCAGAGCAAUACCUUGUAAUAUUUAGGUAAGAAGUACUUAGAAAUGAUAAGUUAUGCAGAUUAAAAAACUAGAUAAAUUUGAUUUUCAUUAGAUAUGCCACUAAUAUCAAGUAAUGUUCAAGAAUAAAAUUAUUUUGAUUGCUUUAAAGCAUUAGUUUCCAAAUCAACCUACCAUAAUAAUUUACCAGGAGGCAGGGGACAGCUACUUGUUUAAAAGUCCAAUUCUUGGGCUCAAUCCCCAGGUGUACUAAUUCAAUCCCCAGGGAAAACCCUGUUUUAAGGGGUUUGUUGUAAUCUGAAGCAGUCAGUUCAGAAGAUGUUGAGAGGCUGAUCUUGUAUAAAGUGACUGAACCCAUUUACAGCUCAUAUAAAAUUAGCUUUUAUAGAUCUAUUUUUAGAAAGAACUUUAAUAAUAUUUUGAUAAAAUUAAGACUGAAAAUAACCACUUGUAAAAAUUCCUCUUAUGAUUAUUGUUACUGUAAAUGUAUUUUCAUGUUUAAACUGCUCUUUGGAUAUUUUCAUAUUAAUUUAUAACUACUACAUUGAGUUGUGUGCUGAUGUCCAGAAAUAAUACAUUAAAAGACUUUUCACUUUAAAUUACUAAAGAGUACUUUAUAUAUACCACAUAAUCAACCUCUCCUUUGAAUCAAAACAAUUUCAUAAGAUGCAACAGUUUAAUAUAAUUUUGAUUAUAAUUUACAAAUGAGCUUUGCAAGUAGUGGUCAGAGGGCAUUAAUUUUUCCCAUAGUUAAGCUAAAUUAAACAUGUUCCUUCUAGUUAUAAUUAUAUUAUUAAGCCCCUUUAUUCACACUUAAUCACAGUACUUUUUGUUUUUAUGCAAAGGUAUAAAUUUGGUUCUUUUAUCUAUGGUAUUUUGGCAAAAACUCAGGAAUAUAUAAGGGAGAUGUUAAUUUUAAAUUUCCACUAAAUUUAGUAUCAACCAAAGCCUCAAAUUUUAUAAUCUUCAGUUAGAUAAGAGCUUUCACCCAAACCAAAUUUGUCUUUAAUGAUAGUCAUUUGGCUUCUGAAUAUUUGAAAAGAUUUUUAAAAGUAAGUAGUGCUGUGGUUAUUGUUUUUAUAAUUCUAAACUUCAAUAAUAAUUAUAGUAUACUACAUUUUACUUCUAAAUAGCUUUUGGAUUCAUGAAAAAUUAGUAAUUUUGAAGUUACACAUGUGUAAGCAUUACAUUAGCUUAUAUCUCUUGUGUUGAUAGUACUGCUAUGUUUUAGUACUGUUUUUGCUUUUGUAUAUUUA